UAAAUACUAUUCUUGCCAUAAACAGAGAGGUGUUUCGUACAAAAGUUUUAAAAAAGAUGGCAUAGGCAAGAGAGGGCAUAACUUCUCCAUCCAGAAUCUGUUUUAUGCUGGCAUCCAAAUGCCACGGCCCUUUUAGUGUAUAAGGCGGCGCCUGAUUUUAGGCACAGAAAAAACGGGGUCACAAUUUUUGUUGCUUCGAAAUAUUUUUUGACAGAUCAGUUGAAUCCAUACAAACCAUCUUAGUUCUAUAUCACUCACUCUUCCUUAUAGUACCUUUUGAAUAUGACCGAUACAGAUAUAGUUAUGACGACAGCUGUAUCUUACAGCGAUUUCAGCACUUACAAUCCACUCUCUUUUGACUUUGCUGGUGCUGUUAAUCAGCUAUCGGUUGUGAUUAAAGGAUCAAUUUUUGCAAGCUUAGAUCUUAGCGUCAUACACGAUCCUUCGUUAGCAUCCUCAAAAACAGUGUUACUCGAAACGAUCUCUAAAGCUAUGCUCAAUCCAGAAUGGACAAAUUGUAUUAUAGAUUUAUUUAGACCUAUUGUUAUUGAUCUUGUUGCGCGAUGGACUUUACCUGGAUUCACUGAUUUCAUCGAUGCCAACCCAGCCUCCCCCAAUUCCAACAAAACUGUAUAUAAAAUUGAAUUAGUCGCAAAAGCAUUUAGCACUGUACUUCCUACUGUGCCCCAAGUGAAAAGCUUGGCUGUAUCAUAUUUUUCUCAUUCCACGUCUCUAUUUGAAAGACUAAAUCAUAUUAAUUUAAGCAAAGAAACAGAAAUUACACAGACUCUGACAGCUGAACUAUUCGAAUUACUCUUAACUGCAUAUAGAUUGUUAUCGUUCUCUAGUUCGACAUUUAUACCAAUCUGGAAUUGGGGACCUGUAGUACAACUGCUGGAAUACAGAGAGCCAACCAUACAAUAUAUGGCCAUUUUAUGUUUGUCGAAAGUAUAUCAACUAAGUGAUGUACAAACAAAAUCUUUAAUAACAGCUACUGUGGGUGCAGGCAAAUCAAUAGAUGAAUUAGAAACUCCCAUUCACGUUAUAAUAGAUGGAACUCGUGUGGAUAUACGACUAUUAGAUCUUUGGGAACAGCAGAGAUUAGCGGAAGCUCAAGUAGCCUACAUGAAAAAUAAUCAUGAAGCUGCAGAUACAGAACCUGCUUUAUCUAAUGAAGAUUUAUGUCAUCUCACCAGUAAUUUAUGCGGUGUCCUGUUACCGAGAAUCUCGUCGUCAAUAGUAAAGGAAGAUUCAGACACAUUAUCAUACGAUCCCAAACUUAUCCUGACACCCACAACGUCCAAGAAUCUUCAUGCAAUUAGUCUCGCAUUAUCCAUUGGCGCCCCAACAUUGCUCGAAGGCGUCACCGGCGCAGGAAAAACAGCAUUAGUAGAAGAACUUGCAGCAAGAACAGGAAGAGGAGCUGAUUUAGUGAAAAUUCACUUGGGUGAUCAAACAGAUCCAAAGGUCCUGUUGGGAACCUAUGUUUCAACCGCUACACCUGGCUCGUUUCGUUGGCAAGCAGGCGUACUAACAACAGCAGUAUUGGAAGGACGAUGGGUUUUAAUUGAAGAUAUUGAUCUUGCACCAGCUGAAGUCCUUUCAGUCCUCUUGCCACUCUUAGAAACCAGACAUUUAUUUAUACCUUCUCGCGGAGAAAAGAUUAAAGCAAAGGAAGGGUUUCAAUUGUUUGGUACACGUUCGUUUGUACCUACAAAAUCAGGGAAAGGCUCACAACCUAGAGGAGGUGAAUUAACGACAGGCGGUAAUUUAUGGACAAGAGUCUAUGUGGAGCCUCUUUCUGCAGAUGAAUUAGAAUCCGUCAUCCGUCAAAAAUUCACUCAUAUUGGCGAUUUUGCACCUCACGUCAUGAAUUUAUAUAAAGCAGCCGUUGAUAUGUAUCAAGAUCCCAAUUUUUCGAUGUUAUCAACCUCAACAAUGGGCCGCUUUCUGUCCACCCGUGAUUUAAUAAAAUGGUGCCACCGUGUUGAUCUUUUAAUAGGGGAAAAGUUAAGCAACAGCAACGAGGUUGGCAUGGAUUUGACAUUACGACAGGAUUUGUUCAGCGAGGCAAACGACUGUUUUUGCGGCAUGAUUCCGGACUAUAAUGUAUGGGUUACAGUACUACAAACAUUAGGUCGUCCAUUGCAGAUUUCUGAAGAACUCGUACGCAACUAUGUGGACCAAUAUAAGCCUGCUUUUGAUGUGAAUGAUACGAAUAUCCGUAUUGGUCGAGUCAAUUUAUCUGCAAUUGCAGCUAGUGGAAAGCAAAAGCAGAAGCAAAGUCUGGUCAAGCGUGAAAAGAAAAGACCGUUCGCAACAACAGGCCAUGCUUUACGUUUGAUGGAACGAAUUGCUGUGUGUAUUCAUUUGACUGAACCUGUUCUAUUAGUCGGUGAGACAGGUACUGGUAAGACUACAGUUGUGCAGCACUUGGCCGAUAUGAUGAACCAGUCCUUGAUCGUUGUCAACUUGUCUCAGCAAUCAGAUAGCUCCGACUUAUUAGGUGGAUUCAAGCCAGUCGAUGCAAAAGUACUAGCCAUUCCGUUGAAAGAAGAUUUUGAGCGCCUAUUUGAAAAGACAUUCUCUGUUAAGAAGAAUGUUAAAUUCUUGGACAUGGCACGCAAAACUUUUGUACAUCAAAAGUGGAAGAAUUUCGUUGCUCUAUUGAAACAAGCAUAUAAAAUGUCACAACAAAAGUUUGAAGCUGAGCAGACUUCGGAAAGCAAAAAGGUGUCGUCGCCUACCCUUCGCAAUGCUUGGAAAAUGUUCUUGAAGCGUAUCGAAGAAUUUGAAGUCCAACAGGUACAAUCCCAGAAUAAGUUUGUAUUCAACUUCAUGGAAGGUUCUUUGGUCAAGGCGGUUCGUCAAGGCGACUGGAUCCUACUCGAUGAAAUCAAUUUGGCAACUACUGAAACGCUUGAGUGCCUUUCUGGCCUGCUUCAAGAUGCCAAUGGCUCUUUGUUACUGACAGAAAAAGGUGAUGUAGAGCCUAUUAAACGUCAUCCCAACUUUCGCCUGUUCGCUUGUAUGAACCCUGCAACCGAUGUUGGCAAACGUGACCUCCCUCCUGGUUUGCGCAACCGAUUUACAGAGUUCUAUGUCCAUCCUCCUGAUAACCGUUAUGACGACCUAUUACAAAUUGUCAAGCAGUACCUUGUUGGUAUUGCUUCAGGCGAUGAGAAAGCCUACGAUGACGUUGCCGAAUUCUACCUGAGUGCCAAGAAAUUGGCGGCCGAACACAAAUUAGUAGAUGGUGCCAAUCAAAGACCUCAUUUUAGUAUGCGAACGCUGGCUCGUGCGUUGACUUAUGUGUGUCAAAUAUUCCCUGUUUAUGGACUUCGUAGAUCUUUGUAUGAAGGUUUUUGUAUGACUUUCUUGACACAAUUGGACAAACAGAGUGAGACUUUAAUGCAUGACCUGAUCUUCAAAACUAUCCUGCGUGGGAUACAAAACCCUAAGAACCUUAUUACUCAAAUACCGCGUCAACCUAGAGAUGACUUUAUUCAGUUCGGUUACUUCUGGUUAGAACAAGGACAAUUUUUGCCAGAAGAGGAUACCAAAUACAUCAUUACACCGUCAGUAGAAACCAAGCUAUAUAACCUUGCUCGUGUUAUUAUGUCGAGGAAGUUUCCAGUACUUAUUCAAGGCCCAACUUCAGCUGGUAAAACGUCCAUGAUCGAAUAUAUGGCAAAGAAGACAGGUCAUCGAUUUGUUCGUGUCAAUAACCAUGAACAUACUGAUUUACAAGAGUAUCUUGGUACUUACGUUUCAAACAAUGAAGGAAAGCUUGUAUUCCAAGAAGGUGUUUUAGUCGAAGCACUUCGUAAGGGUUAUUGGAUUGUGCUUGAUGAACUCAACUUGGCCCCAUCUGAUGUCCUUGAAGCUCUUAAUCGUUUACUCGAUGAUAACCGUGAAUUACUGAUACCUGAAACGCAGGAAAUUGUAAAGCCGCAUCCUCAUUUCAUGCUCUUUGCUACACAAAAUCCUGCAGGUCUUUAUGGUGGUCGUAAAGCAUUGUCGAGGGCUUUCCGUAAUCGUUUUCUUGAACUUCACUUUGAUGAUAUUCCUGAAGAUGAGCUGGAGACAAUUCUCUCAAGACGCUGCAGCAUAGCGCCUUCUUACUGCAAAAAGCUUGUCAAAGUCUAUAAAGAAUUGAUGGAACGAAGACAAAGCACCCGUAUUUUUGAACAAAAGCAUGGUUUUAUCACUCUUCGUGAUCUCUUCCGUUGGGCUGGUCGAGAUUCUUUGGGUUACCAAGAGUUGGCUGAAAAUGGCUAUAUGCUUUUAGCAGAACGUUGUCGCAAGGAUGAAGAGAAGAAGGUGGUAAAGCAAGUUUUGGAACAAGUGAUGAAAGUGAAGAUCGAAGAAACAGCCAUCUAUGAUUGUACAAAAUUAGAAGAAUUUGCUAUCUACAAUCAACUGUUGGAAAAGCAAGCUGCACAUGCCGGAGAGGAUACCAAAUUGGUUUGGACAAAAGCGAUGCGUCGUCUCUUUACCUUGGUUGCCCGCUGCCUCAAAUACAAUGAACCGGUUCUUCUUGUUGGUGAAACAGGUUGUGGUAAGACAACUGUUUGCCAAAUGUUGGCAGAAACUUAUAACCGCGAACUACAUAUCGUUAAUUGUCAUCAAAAUACUGAGACUGGUGAUCUGCUUGGUGGCCAGCGUCCUGUAAGAAAUAGAGACACUGCUGAAGAUUCUGAAGCGCAGCAACAGCUAUUUGAAUGGCAUGAUGGUCCACUUGUACAAGCGAUGAAGGAAGGACAUCUAUUCUUGCUGGAUGAAAUUUCGCUCGCUGAUGAUUCAGUUUUGGAAAGAUUGAAUUCAGUUCUCGAACCUAGCCGACUUCUUGUACUUGCCGAAAAGGGUGGUAAGCAAGUUGAAGAGCUGUUUGCUUCUCCUAACUUCCAGUUCUUAGCUACGAUGAAUCCUGGUGGUGAUUAUGGCAAAAAAGAGCUAUCUCCUGCUUUAAGAAACCGAUUUACUGAAAUAUGGGUUCCUUCUGUUACUGAUAAGGAAGAUUUGAUAGCAAUUAUCAAUGAGCAACUAGCUGAUCCUGAACUGAAGUGUUAUAGCGAGAAGAUACUCGAUUUCAUCACUUGGUAUACUCAAGCGAUGGGUCAAAACCGCACUAUAGUGUCUCUUCGUGAUAUUCUUUCGUGGGUUAAAUUCAUUAAUGUUGCCGUUGAGUCUGGCAUAAGCCAUGACCUUAGCUUUGUCCAUGGUGGUUGUUUAGUUUUGCUUGACGGUUUAGGUUCUCAUGGUUCGUCUGGAUCUUUCCUUUCAGGGACUCUUUUGGAUGAGUUUAGACUCAAAUGUCUUCGUCGUUUGUCGAGUAAACCUGAUGCUGCAGAACUUGAUAUACUGGGCAGUGUAAAGGACAAUAUACAGUCUGCUGAUGAUAAAUUUGCCAUUGGUCCCUUUCAAAUCUCCCGUGGUCAGUUGGCGAAGACUGAUAUCAAAUUCACACUGCUGGCUCCAACCACAGCUGAUAAUGCUAUGCGUGUUAUUCGUGCUAUGCAACUCAAAAAACCUAUUCUACUCGAAGGUAGUCCUGGUGUCGGUAAAACCAGCUUAAUUUCUGCUUUGGCAGCUGCCUCUGGUCAUAAUCUUGUUCGUAUCAAUUUAUCUGAGCAAACAGAUUUAAUGGAUCUCUUUGGUUCAGAUUUGCCCGUAGAAGGUGGUAGUAGUGGUGAAUUUGCUUGGAGAGAUGCACCCUUCUUACAAGCUAUGAAAGCCGGUGAUUGGGUCCUUUUAGACGAGUUAAACUUGGCUUCUCAAUCCGUUUUGGAAGGUCUUAACUCUUGUCUUGAUCAUCGUGGUGCCGUCUACAUCCCUGAACUUGAUAGGGAAUUCUUCUGCCACAAGAAUUUCCGAGUCUUUGGUGCUCAAAAUCCUCUACAACAGGGUGGCGGCCGUAAAGGUUUACCCAAAUCCUUCGUCAAUCGUUUUACUCAAGUCUAUGUUAAACACUUGUCUCCCGAUGAUUUGCUGUUUAUCUGUACUCAUCUCUUCCCUGACUUCGCUCCGGAACUCUUAGCAAAAAUGAUAGAAUUUAACAAUAGAAUAUACGAAGAAACAAUGGUGCGCUGCAGUUUUGGUCGUAAGGGUAGCCCUUGGGAGUUCAAUCUGCGUGAUGUUUUCCGUUGGUUGGAAUUGAUGCAGAAAGACCAAGUUUACAGCCCUGCAGAGUAUCUAGAUAUCAUUUAUCUACAACGUAUGCGAACCUGUGAAGACCGUGUUAAAAUCGUCAACUUGUUCGAAUCAGUUUUUGAUGAGAAAUAUGAUUAUUCUGCUCAACCUUCAUACUCUGUAACGACUGAUUCUUUCAAUGUCGGUCAUUCUCGUCUAGCACGAAAAGAAAUGAGUGUUUCAAGUGAUACCAGCGAACAGGAAAAUCAUAUUUUGCAAACAUUCUUGUCUCCUUUGGAAGCAUUAAUGAAGUGCGUCGAAUUAUCUUGGAUGGCAAUCAUUAAUGGCCCUUCUGCGUGUGGUAAAACCUCUUUGGUUCGUCUGUUAAGUAAAAUAACCGGAAAUCACCUAGAAGAAUUUGCCAUGAACAAUAGUGUCGAUACAAUGGAAUUGCUUGGUGGAUUUGAGCAAGUCGACCUCAACCGUCAUCGACAAGUUAUAGUUGAAACUCUUCGUCAAAUGGUUGUUCAAUCAUCUCGAAAACUGCUUGUCUAUAUUACGAAUUUUACAGCUGCCGAUGAGCAUUAUACAAAUGCUCUAAGACUGCUCCGACAAAUUAAUGAAUCUUGGUUCGUGUUGGAGAAUAAGCAACAGCUAGAAGCCAAUUCAAUUGACACAGAGUCUGGAAAGCUUGAUUACGCUCUUAUCAGCAAUAUCAUCAAUCUUUUGAGGUCUACUGCCUCGAUAGAUCCCGAAAGUGCGUUGGCUAUUGAUGCGCUGGUUGUCUCAAUAGAAAAUGUGCAGAAACUUGAGAAAGAGUCCGUUGCAGGCAAAUUUGAAUGGAUUGAUGGUUUGUUAAUUCAUGCUCUCGAAAAAGGUCAUUGGCUUCUUAUUGAUAACGCCAAUCUGUGUAAUCCUUCUGUUCUCGAUCGUCUGAAUCCUUUGUUCGAAAACAACGGUGUUUUAAUGGUUAAUGAGCGUGGUUUAGUCGACGGUACUGUCAAAGUAAUUAAACCCCAUCCCAACUUCCGUAUGUUCAUGACAGUCGAUCCUCAAUAUGGCGAAUUGUCAAGAGCUAUGAGAAACCGUGGUAUAGAAAUUUCGUUGAUUGAUGCCAAUAUGAAUAGUAAUACACAAGACGUUAUUAAACUUGCAAACUCUCUUGGUAUACGUGGAUCUGAAUUGCCCCUCUUACUGAAAACAUUACAGCAAGAGGCAGCAAUUCAACGUAAACAGUUUUUUAAAACUGAAAAUAUUCGUGAUUACCUCUUGUUUACCACAUACCUCACAGAGCGUCUUCAAAGAGGUCAAACUCUCAAAUCUGCGCUGCAUGAUUCCUUCUUACAAGUCUUUGUAGAUGUAAAGGACCUUCCUGGCGUGUUGGACACAUUAUUACAAUCUGAAGCAGAAUCAGCACAUUUAUUAGCAACCCCUUCACCGACUAAUUUCCCUACGCUUAUCAAUGGUCGAUUGUUCAGCGACGAUUCUACUCUUGCUACUGUUGCUCUCCACGGUGCGUAUCUAGCAUAUUUAUUGCUAACUCCCGGAGAAAGUAAUGCAGAAUUAGCCAAAAAAUCCGACAUUGCCGGUGAUUACUUCAUUGAACACUUAAACGUUGAAAAUUACGGGUUAAGUCUUCGUUUCGCUAGUCAUAUGGCUCACCAAACCACCAUCGAAAAUACUGAUAUUCUCGAACGCUUGGUCUACUUGAUAAAGGAGCUUGCUCCUCAUCCUUUAUUUGCAAAAUAUUCGCAAAUGCAACAUAGCCAUGAUAACGGUCCACUGUCUAAUUUAGAUGACUUCAAUUGCACUCGUAAAGCCUACCAACUUCUGCUCCGACUUUUCAAGAAUAAAUUUGCAGUUAAACAAAUGCAGUCAACUGCUCAACGUAUGAAGUCUGGCAGUUUGACGGCAUUACAGCAAUCGUACAGCUUUUAUGAAGGUCGCUUGAAUGAAAGUCAAUUGUUACACCCUGUUGUACCCAAGCUUUAUCCUUUCUUCACCUCAGUGAGCGAGAAAUUCCUCAGCUGGAUUGAUCAAAAUCACUAUCAUGCGUGUUCUGAAGAGACAUUCGCUUUGAUCAACAGAAUUUUGGAUGUUUGCGAUUUUGCUUGGUAUCUUACUCAAUUACCAAGUCUGAGUCUCGAUAAUCUCGUUAUCAUAAUGAAGAUUACAAAAGAACUCAUCUUAUCCAAAAAUAUCAAUGAUACUUCACUUGAUGACUUAUUGGUUCGAAUCGAAGAUAUAUUAUCUGGUUUUGAUGUUACUACUAGUCUUUCCAUGAAGACUCUGUGGAAAUAUUUCAGUCCUCCAACUCUAUCUUCUUUGCCUUUGCACGAUCUUGAAAAGAAACUACGUCAACUUAGCGCUGAUAUGGAUGAUUACAGUUUUGGUAAAGAGCAAGGUCUUAAUUCAAAGUCUCUUAUUUUACAUGUUAAUCGCGAAGUGAAGGAAGCUCUGGUAGAAGGUAUAGCUACUCUGUACGUUGUUGGUGAAAAUGAUUCAGAAAUUGCUGAGGUCUUGAAUUCCUUAACCAAACUUCCUGAAUAUGUCCAGCGUGAACUUGCAGCCUGCAGUUCAUCCUUGGAGACAGCGAAGGAAGACAAUAAAUGGGAUACAGCUUUGAUCCCUAUUCAAGAUUACGCAAGUAUUAUUACUGAAAUGGAACUGCUGGCUAGCCUUUAUAAUAUUAUAAGUGCAUCACCGGAUGCAUUUACAUUGCAAAAUAUUAAGGAAGAAAUAAGCAAGUUUAAAAAUUUCGUUUUGGAUAAAUCAUCCCGUACUCCUCUUGAUAUGAUUCCCUACCAACGUUUGAUAUGGUUGUUUGAUACUGAUAAUAUUACCAACAUGGUCAAUGGUCUUCCUGGUAUGAUACAAGAUGCAGUUUAUGGUUAUCAUCAACGUCUUUGGCGAUCCAGUCUGUUCCAACAAGAUUUGCACCACCUCACUCCAAAGGAGGAACAACAGGUAAGUUAUAUUGUUUACAGUACCCUUAAUCCAAGCUGACUAUUCUUAUUAUCUGUAUUUAGAAGCUUCCCAUCACAGAAGGGCCACUUAGUCUUUAUGAAAGUGUUGAAACUAUAACUUGUUUGAACAUUCUUUCAUCCGUUGAAAGUUUAGAUACACAAUCAUUCGAAAAUGCUCUCAAACAACUUGUAGGUUUGAAACAGUAUUUGUCAUCCUCUAACAACACAAGCGA